AUGGAGAACUACUCCAACCACUCCUACCCGGACUCCCGCGACUCCUCCCCUCGCUCCCGCGAAAUCGACUGCGACACCCCCUCAUGGGACGACCAACCCCCCUCCGCCACCUCCACCUACAAAGUCAAGUUCAUGUGCAGCUACGGCGGCAAAAUCCAGCCCCGCCCCCACGACCACCAGCUCACCUACGUCGGCGGUGACACCAAAAUCCUCACAGUCGAUCGCAAUAUCAAGCUCUCCGCUUUCAUCUCCAAGCUCUCCUCCCUCUGCGACACCUCUAACGAUGCCGUUUGUUUCAAGUACCAGCUCCCCGGCGAAGAUCUCGACGCUCUCAUCUCCGUCACCAACGACGAGGACCUCGACCACAUGAUGGUCGAGUACGACCGGCUGUACCGCGCUUCAGCUAAGCCCGCCAGGCUCCGACUCUUUCUCUUCCCUCUUGACAGCAACACUUCCGCUAGCUUCGGCUCCAGCGAGACCAAGUCCGAGCGCCAGUGGUUCGUCGACGCUUUGAAUUCGGUUCAGAUCGGGUCUCCCGAUGGAUCCUCUCCGACGGCUCCGGUCACGGCCUCGCCGACAAACCCCGAUUUCCUGUUCGGAUUCGAUAAGGGAUACACGGCUGUGCCGGUUGGGAAAUUUCCCGACUCGGUCACUCCGCCGACGGUUCCCGAUUUGCUUGUGAAAAGCACUCUGGUUGGAUCUGGGGAUCGCCACACCGGAGAACCGGUGAUGUCUCAGGCGGAGAUUCAGAGGCAGAUCCAGGAGUUGCAGAGGAUGCAAAUCGUUGCUGGUCACGAGCCGACCACCAUCUAUCACCGGAAAAGCGACGAAAUGGGAAACCUUAGGGGUUACACCGGCGAUUAUUACACACAAAAACUUCCAGAGAACAUUCAACCGGCGCAAGGGUCGUCUCCAGUGGGAAUGCCACAACCUGUGCCAUUUCCAACUGCGUAUAUGCCAGAGGGGCACAUGAACACUGGGGGUUAUCCGGUGACGACUGCCCCAGCUGGACCGGAGCAGCCCGUUUAUUUCAUUUCUACUCCGACCGGUGUAUACCAGGCUCCCGCCCCUAGACCGGCGACCGGUCCAGUUGGUCAGGCAUACUAUGGAGUACCGCAGAGGAUGGCACCAGAGGUGUACCGGGACGCUCAGGUGUACAAUACUGCCGUGGCAGCACAGCAAGCACAACAAGCUCAGCAGGCACAACAAAUUCAGCAGGCUGCAGCUUAUGGUGAAGGGUUUGCACAGGUUGGGUAUGAUGCCGUCGGCAGGCAGGUAUACUACACUGCAGCAGGAGGUGUCGUUUCUUCAUAUCAGACGGUUGCUCCAGUGCCCGUAGAUGGGAGACAAGCUGCUGCUGGUGUAUUGAAUCAAAUUCAAGAUGGUAAGGUUGUUGUUUCCAUGGCACCCCAAGCGUCUGCUAUGUGA